AAUAAGCCCAAGUAUAAAAGACAAGAAAGGGAAGCGCCCGUCCGCCAUCUUGAAUAAGUCAGCUCUAAUAUUCCGCAGAGUGGAUUGGAACUGUGUGUCAGCGUUUUCGAAAAGUCCCGUUUUCGUCUGGCCACACGUACACAUGAAAACAGCGUUUUCAAAAAGUUCUACUCUGGAGAGCGUUUUCGAAAAGUUCCGUUUUCAUUGAUCGUUUUCAUCGGAUACGUGUGCACAGAAUUGAAGCUGUGUCCAUAAAGAAAAAGUUGCGUUUUCAAAUGAAAACUGAUACGUGUGGACAGGGUCUUAAUUGACCAAUCACAUCAAUGACCAUAGUUUAAUACUGACGUGAUACAACUCACCUUGACGCUGAAGAUGACUACCGCAUAGGUUGUCGAAGCGUCAGUCACUGUCAGAACAACAGUCCUAUUCAGGAGUACGUUCAUCUGGACGAUCAUAGUCAAACUACUGAUGAAAUGACUUCAGGGUUCAAACCUUUCACAGUUUUAACAACGUUUCCUAGCCCAGGAGGUCCCUGAGGUGCCCGUAAUAUCUUCCCUUUUCCCACCCCACCUCCCCCCCCACCCACACACACACCCACACUUGAAUGGUAUCCCUUUCCUUGUUGCCGCAAAAACGCAUGAGAAUUGAUAAAGGAAAGUCCACGUUAAAAUUCUAAAAAAUUCAAAAAUUCUCUUUGUCUACAAUGGAGGUCAAGAGUCUUGGGACCUAAGACUCUUGACUUCUAUUGUGACUCGAGCACCAGCCAUUAACUCUCACUUUUCCGAACAUUUCUAGGUAACUAUCAAAUAUGACUUCCGCAUGAAAACCGGCCUUCCUGCAGGAACCACUGACCAAGCAGGACAGACCAAUUUCAAUAACGCGAAAUCCGACGCUGAAAAAACCCGGACCAACAUUUAUGACAGCCUUAAAACUGUCAACUGGGGCAGCUUUCAAGCGCAGUCAGGACUGGAGUUGAAGGACGGCAAUGUAGACAACUUUAACCUCGGCAAGGUUGAAGCUUAUUGCUCUGAGAACGGUGCCGUCGUUAGGAAGUGUACAAAUGCUGACCUCAAUUGCUGGAAUAAACCUUGCUCAUGCAAUAAAAAGGAAGGGACUAUCACUAAAUGCAGUGAGUAUAUCAGUCACAAAAUUUUACAAUCAUGAAAUAUGCCUUUUCCGCAGGGUCAAACGUGCGGUCAAGAUGGGUUGUUAUUGACCAACUUUUUAUUUCUUUCUCCUUCCUUUUUCUUUUUACCGUUUUUCAUGGACCAAAACGAAUUCGAGGUCAAUAAAAACGCAAAAAAAGAACCAGGCCAAUAUCCAGCCGUAUUGACCGAGAAAACUUGACCAAUAUAGGAUUUACUAUAUAGUCAAGAACAGUUUUUUGUUUUUGUUUUUGUUUUGGGUAGCCAAUCAGAAGCCCUGGCAGGAUUCGCUUGUAUCUUGCGGAUUCAGCCAUACUAAAAUAGUGCUGCGUGUGCGGCUGAUAUAAAUAGGAGUCUCAGUUCUGUUUAUUUAAUUCCUCGUCAUGAGGGGUGGAUCAAGAUUUUACGGACUUGGUAAAAAAUGACUUAUGGACAGCUAAAUGCAGUUGUAAGUGCACUCAUAAGUCUUGAUCAGUGUUUCCGACAAAACCCCACGAUUCCCAUUCCUCUCUAAUCGUGUGGGGAAGGAGAGUGUCAGGGGUUAUCGUUGACUCAUGUAUCAUUCUACAUGACUAGGGUUCUAUCUAGGAUUUAUCGUUUUGGGGAGAAGUCCCGAGUGGACAAAGGCCAGGACUUCCUAGGGAGGUCCGGGGGCAUGCCCGCCCCGGAAAUUUUUUGUAAUGAAUAUGCGCUGAGAUAAAAUCGCUGGUGCAUUUUGAGACACAAUUUUGAAAUGUUCAGAAAUGUUGGACUGUGUGCACUGACCUCGUCGGGUCUGGAUGAUGUUUCAGAUAUUCUUACUUAUAUACUGUAAUGAUAUUUUUGUGGUGGAGGGGGGCGAGCAGGGGAGGGGUACGCUGGGUAUUUUGGGGGGAAGCUUCACCUCUCAAAUACCCUAGAUAGAACCCUGAUGACAAAAGCAAACAAACACAAAAAAAAAAAGACUGUGGUGGCUACUAAAAUACAAUGCACAGACAAAAAAGAGGAACGGUACACACAUAAUGUAGACGAAGGAGAUAUUGCGUCAGGUAGUGAAACAAAAAUUCAAGCUAUUUUUAAUGGAACCUCCUUGUCUUCUAAUAUCCAAAAAUCAAUAAGAAAGAAUUCCUACUAUUCUUAAUUCUUUCUGCACUCUUUUGUUUCACUUCUGCUGAAAUAUUUUUUUGCGAUGAUUGGAAUUUGUUUGACCUUUAACUUUAUAAAUGUGUUUCAUAACACAUGGUUCAGCAUUUUUGUACUUACAGCUAAAAAUGUAGUAUCUUAGCGUAAGUCAACAUUGAUUUACUACAAUAUCUUCUCCUCAUUACCUAAACAUUCAAGUUUUUGUUUGUUAACCAUUAGAGGCUUCCAUUAUGCGAACUAAAAAGAUGGUAACUGAAGAACCAUUUCUUUCCGUUUUUUAUGCUGGAAUACUAUUCUCUUGCCAUGACGAUUAACGUAUAGUUUACUGACAGUACAAAUGUGAUACAACGCGUACUGACUGGAACUGAUUGAUUUGAAGUUGUGCUUUGUCGUUACUAUCAGGUGUUACUUGUUUACCAUCAGCAGUUGAAGUGAGCUUCGAAAGCAGCUAGGUAAAGAGUAUUUUUGUUAUCUCAAAUUAGCGAACUGAUGUUAUUUACACUCUCACUGUCAUUGCAGCACGCUGUCCUGUUGGGACGUACUACAACAGUGACGCUGAUGAUUGUCUUCUGUGUCCGGAGGGAACGUACAGUCCAAGUGAAGGCGCCUUGCAGUGUACACCAUGCCCAGCGGGGACCUGGACCAUAGGAGCACGACAAGAAAAUUUCACGGCUUGUACAGGUAAAGGUUUUCUGUCUGGGUCCAUGCAUCAUCUAUCUAUAUUGCGCUAGUUCAAAUCGGAGUUAAAUUUUGCAAUGAAAGAGCGAUUUUCUGCGCGCUGUUUGGUCGAGAGCUGUGGUUGAUGAUGUAUAGACCAUGGAAACGAGGUAAUGAUGGCGCAAUUUUUUUUCUCUAUCUCCAUCGCGCGAUUUUCCAAGAAACCUAACUUCACUUCGCGUCGAGAUAGACGCUUUUUUAGCUACAGAACUGAAGGAAAACUAAAGAUAUUUUUUAGUUUAAACUUUGGUCCGCACAGUAGGUUACGGACCUUAAAGUGACCAAUCACAUGCAGGACGAGAAAUGGCUUUGCCAUGUAAUGAAAGGCCUCGUCCCGAGAGAUAGAGACGGAGUAUAAACGUACCUAAUGGCUUCAUAUGGUUACAUUUAGAUGAAUGUGGGCCAGGCCUGUUCUCUGAAACUGGUAUCGCCAAGUGCUCCAACUGUCCGCUGGGAACUUACUCUUCAGGAAAGCGAAACAAAGCUUGUACGAAAUGCCCAGCAGGCACUGUGACUGUUAUUGUUGCUGCGAAAGGAAUUCAAGAUUGUGGAAGUGAGUAAUUUAAACCUUUUACUCUCAAAGUGGCUAAAUUCAAAUUCAACAAAAUUGCUAAAUUGUGUCUUGAAAAAUGUUAAAAAAGUAAUAGAACCAUGUGAUAGUACUACUGAAGUCGUUCCAUUUGAAUGGUCACACCUUAUGAUUUCUUCCUCAGACAUAAAAGGUUAGAACUACCUUUUAGUACGCGAUCAAUUCACCCUGGGAUAUAUAAUUACGAUACUUACUUAUCAAUUUUUUGUGUAAUCAAAAUAUUUCUCCGUUUCCGAUUGGCUCAGUUCUCCCUACUAAUUCCUUAUAACAAGCUGACAUUGACCAAAUUUGGCAGACGUUUGCGAUAUCCGGUGAAAUUACGUCAAUAGUACUUGCUAUCGCAAGAAAAAAAAAGAGAGGACACCCGAGACGCACUUAGGACAAGGUUGCGUUAGCUCAGUUGUUUUAAUGUAGCUAGAGAAAAAAGAGACCUUUAGAUUCAAGGACGCGGACUACUGCGAGUACGGGAUUUGACUUAAAGUUUUUUCGCGUAUUCUCAAAAUAUAGACUCCCCGGAAAGCCUCAUUUUACCAUUUUUCACUAGAACAGUUAGCACUGUUACCUUAAGUGUAGGAGGUUACACCCUCUCCCGAUCGCCAAGUGAUAAGACUUUUAACAUUUGAUAACUUAUUUCUACCACUACGACAUUCUCGCUAAAACUCGUAGUAGAUUGACGACGGCUACCUCGUUUUCCCGCCAAAAUGACGCUGGUUCACGCGCGAGCACAACUUAGUACUGAGAAAAUCUCGCACUCGUUGUCGUACUCGUCUUAGAAUAUAAAGGGCUGCAGUGAUGGAAAAAUUAUACACGUUUUGCACAACUGAGUUCGUAUUUAUAUAGAAAAUUCGCUUUACAAGUAAUUGAAUUAUUGCUAUUAUUAUUAUUAUUAUUAUUAUUGUUGUUGUUAAAUUAUCAUUAUCUUUAUUAUAUCUGAACUUCUGCCUGAAAAUAAAUUAUAACAGGAAGUACAAAAAUGCACUCAACGGAUGACACUGUUAUUUGAAGAAUAUCUCGAUAAAUAUCCCUUUUGAUCCUGAAUGUGCCGAGGAACAUAUUAAUAUAGUGUAAGUUAGUGUGAACUGUCUUGGACAAUAAUAAUAAUAAUGAUAAUGAUAAUGAUAAUGAUAAUGAUAAUGAUAAUGAUAAUGAUAAUGAUAAUGAUAAUGAUAAUGAUAAUGAUAAUGAUAAUGAUAAUGAUAGUAACGUUAAUUAUAAUGAUAACGACUUAUACUGAAUUAUUGUUGUUCCUUUUUUCAGUGCAAUGUGCCCCUGGAACGUAUUCAGACAAUGGUGUGGAGCCAUGUUUGCCAUGUCCUGCUGGCACUUAUCAAACGGAGAAUGGAAAGACUACUUGUCUUCCUUGCCCGGGACAGCAGUCUACGCAUGGUACGGGGGCAAGUUCCCUGUCGUUCUGUGGAGGUGCGGCAAGUCUAUUGUUUGUAAUUCUGUCGUUUCUUUCAAUGUACGGCUGUAAAUCGCCUUGUAUUCUUCUUCCUUUACUCGUAGGAUAUGCUAAGACCACUGGUGGCCUCUGUUGAAAACUAUUAGAAUACCGUAAAUCCUCUAUUACCUCCCCGGGUACUUAUUUAUUUCAAACACCUCUUAUAGGGUGGGUUAAUAAAGACGGGCGACUUAUUUGAGAGGGAGGGGGCCGGAGGGGAUUAUUUAAAUUAGCGAUGAUGGUGGUAUUAAUUCUUCCUGAAGAACUAGAAUGCAAACAGGGGCACCCAACGAGAAUAUAGUUCAAAACCACUUUAACAUAGCAUUGUUAAACGUAUUUUAGUAUUUAAACGGUAGAUAUAGGCAUAUUUUUAUUCCCUAAAUAUUUUUCAUCUGUUCGGAUUUCCUAGCUGAAAUUCUAGUGAUCCGAAAAUUAUAGGGAUCAAAACUUACCUUUUCGAAAAUUCUAGCCAGAAAAAAAGGCUCCCAAAAAUUCUAGGUGACCUUUUUAGGGUAAAAAUCCGUUAAAAAUAGGCAAUUAUACCAUUUUUCAGAUGUUAAAAAAUCCUAGGAGAGGCAGGCAAGCAAGAAAUUUUACAACAAAUGUUCCGAAAAUUCUAGAUCGCAAAUCGUCUUCCGAACAGAUAUUUUCCGAAAAUUGUCGUUGGGUGCCCCUGAUGCAAAGUGGAAAAUCUCAAGAACAAGAAGUUGAAGGUCAUAGAGCCGAGGAUCAAAAACCAAUCCGACCUUUCAACGCGUGAACAAACCAUCCCGGACCAGUCUAAAUGAAGUUUUACAGUCGUGAUGGAUUAAUACAGAGUAUUAUUUAUUAGUGAAGAACAGUUCUCGCGAAGCGUGCCGCCGUAAGGCCGCUAGCGGAGGGAGUUAAUGAUUUUGUCGAAAUUUACAUCAUGCGUGGAACGCGCCUGAUCGCUUAGCGAGACAGAAUCACCAGUUAAGUCUGUAUACGCCACUUCUACAUUUCCCAUAAUGCACCUUAUUUGCCCUCCAAAAUUUUGCAUAACCUUUGUUUUUCAUUUCUCCUGGGUAUUACAGCCUUCCCAAGAGAAAUUGAAAAUAAUGCUUAUGCAAAAUUUUAGUGGACAGAUAAGGUGCAUUAUGGGAAAUGUGGAAGUGGUGUACAUAAAUUUUUGAUAGGCGCAGUUGUCUAGCAACAAACUAUAAACAAACUCUAAAAGACGCCAUUCAGCCUGACGUCAUCGUGCAUUUUGGCUUUCCAGGGAAAACACGAGCGCGUACAUUGAUCGGCCAAGAGUGAAUAAACACGGGAAUACAGUCGACUCCCGAUAACUCGAACCUUGAAGGGAAAUCGAAAAAGGGUUCGAUUUAUCGGGAGUUCGAGUUAUCGAGAGCUCGCAGAAGAUACCCGGGAGUUAGGCCUUAGGGGAAAAAGACACUUUUUACUGCACAGUGAACAUUUUAAUCGAAUUUAAUUGUAGAGAGGUUAAGUGCAGUGACAACUGAAAGAUACUUGUUGAUUAUUAAGCAGAACGUAGCGUAACAAAACGUUGCCUAAAGAGCAUGCGAUUUAGUGUUUUAAGAAGUAAAGCUGUUUCACGUUAGAUUUUUGACAAACAAAAUUAGUCUACACUAGUAACCUUUAUGCCUACAACACGUCAAUGGGAAAUUCAAAAUUAAAUGUUUCGGACGCCCGUACAUUGUCUAUUUUUUUUUUCGACUUUUUAAGGGCUCAAAACAUGGUUCGAGUUAUCGAGAGUGAAAUUAUAUAGACUGAAUGAUCUGAGGGGAAACGAAAAUUACUUCGAGUUAGCGGGAGGUUCGAGUUACGAGGGUAAAAUUACAGUAAAUGUAUGAAGGAAAUCCAGGGCAAAUCGAUUUUGGUUCGAGUUAGCGAGGGUUCGAGUUAUCGGGAAUCAACUGUAAUGCGAAAUGGCUUUGAAGUACUCGUUUAGAUAAUGUUCUUCAAAUUUAUCUUUGAAUUCAUGAUAAAUACAGCUCCACAAGGUUUAAACAGCGUGAAUGGCAGAGAAAAAGUUCAUUAAUUUUACAUGACGAAUUGUUCAGUGGCCGCGUGGCCCAGUGGCCUGGGGAUUCACUUCUCACGCUGGAGUAAGUUACGGUAUAGGUUCAAAUCCCGGUGAGGCAAAAAUUUACAUUUUUUUUUCUGGUUGGUUUUUCAUCGUAUUUUUACCCUUUGGCUUGUUUCCCUUUAUUCUCAAUGCUUACCCAUUAUAGCUUCGCGAGAUGUUUGCGAUUAUAGCAUAUUUCUAGUUAGGGGGAGUGCAGAGGAGGUGGUGUUUAUUUGGGAGGGUGGGCUUGAUUGAGGUUUUACGGUAAACCGCAUUCCUCUUAACUGUUAUUCGUUUUGACCAAAAGACUUCCACUUAUUCGCGCCUACGUUUGAGUUGGUACCAAGGUUGAAGACAAGCCGUGACAGCUUUUCCUUCAGCCUUGUGUUCAGGAAAAGCCCUGAAAACGAGACUGCCUUUGCCCAUUCUUGUUUGCCCCCUCGGUACAUAUAAGAGCGCUAUGUCAAGAGGAUAAUACUGUUAGGGGUCAAUUCUGUCCAGGAGUCGUUAGUUAGUGUCUUUACCAAACCACAAAAUGCUCCUGUAGAGUUAUGAAGUAGACAUCAAACAAAUUUCACCAGGGAGCACCAACCAUAAUCAUUUUUAAGGUGAUUUUUGUAGGCAUAAUUUUAAAACUUGAAAAAGAUGAAUUCAUGUCCAUCCUUGCUAUCCAUUGCAAAAGACGACAAGAAGCAGUUUCAAUGCCUAAAUUUCAAUUGAUGCAAAGAAAAGUUUGGAUCAAUUUAGGUUUCUGGGAAACUACCCACCUACCCGUCCACUAACCUAACAUUAACACUUACUUCUCUCUCAGGGCAAAAUGGUGGCUUAGGGAAGGGGUAGGUGGGCAGUUAAAAAGAAGGCAAAUAUCAUGACGUAGCCCUUUUAAAACCAAGAUGCCUCCCCCCCGCCCCCCAUAACAAAAAAAUGAUCGGCUCCACAGUGGGGGGAAAAGGCAAAAACCUAACCUAGCGGUGGCCUGAGUAGAGGCUACCAGACUACUUCUCGGUUCCCUCCACUCGCCGACUUUUUCCUCCUUUUUCCCAAUGCGGAGGCCGGUCCCAGGCUGCUCGAUCUCGACUAAAACAUUUGUACCAAGUAACCCGAUUUUCGUGUCACACGUAGGCGCGGCGACAAGUAAUAAUUAAACCAAAUUUGCAAAUGUAUGUACUGAACUACUGCGCGAAAUGCAUGCAGAUAUUCCGUAUCUAUGCGAGUCUUUUGCUGAAAGAUAACUUAUUUCUUUGUAGAGGUUGACACCUGUGUUUCCAGCCCAUGCAUGAAUGGUGGCACGUGCGUAAACACCAAAGAAUCCUAUCGCUGUGACUGUCCCCCUGCAUACAAUGGAGUGAACUGCGAGAAUGAAAUAAACGAGUGCUUGUCUUCACCAUGUUAUCAAUCAUCUACUUGUGUCAAUAAGGUAUUUUGUAACUAAACUUCAAGUAAUUGAUAGAACCACCCUCUUUACCUGCCGAAACCAAAAAAGAAAAUAUAUAUAUGUAUGUUGCAGUUAUUUUUUUUAUCUCAGGUAAUUUUUAUUUUUCCUUUGUUUCAAUUGAUAGAAUUUCAAUUGAUAGAAUUUGAUAGAACCACCCUCUUUACCUGCCGAAACCAAAAAAGAAAAUAUAUAUCAGUGUAUGUUGCAGUUAUUUUUUUUAUCUCAGGUAAUUUUUAUUUUUCCUUUGUUUCAACUUCAUUAGCAUACAUUACCAUACCCCCAAACAAAACAAGAGAAAUCCCAUAGUGUAAACAUUCAAAUGAAACCUUGGCAAAAAGUUUGCUUGGUACUAUUUACUUUUUAAGAUUUUCCAAACAAAAAAUUGCAAAACGUUUUCUUUGGCUAUUCUGAGGAGUUUAAGGAAAAACUUAGUCCUCUCAUAAUCGUUAAUAGUUAAUGUGUACCUUAUUCUAUCUAUGCACUAGGUUAACGCGUUUAAAUGUCUAUGUCCCUCUGAGUUUACGGGCAACGAGUGUGAAUUUCCUUACCUCCUUUGCAACCGAUUAACGCCUUGUGUACACGGGAAUUGCAUAGACAAAGCAGGGACAUUCGACUGUCAGUGCAAUAAAGGUUAUGGAGAGAGGUUCUGCGAGAAGAACAUCGACGAAUGCGCUUCAAACCCUUGUCAAAACAAUGGCGUUUGCAUCAGUGGCUUAGACACUUACCAAUGUAAGUGCCAGGCAGGUUACUCUGGUGCGAAUUGCCAGUUCAAUAUCGACGAUUGUGCUGCCGAUCCAUGCCAGAACGGUGGAACAUGCGUGGACGGGCUGAGGUCAUACACUUGUCAGUGUCCGACUGGGUAUACUGGAGCCAAUUGCGAGCAUGCCAUUGAUCACUGCAUUGGUCAGCCGUGUCGACAUGGGGGAACAUGUGUAAACCAGCCGAAUGGGUACAAAUGUCUCUGCAAACCUUCGUAUUACGCAUGUCGCUGUCAGAAAGGUAACUGGCAGCCAACUGAUUAUUACUUAUGGUAGGCAUUCAGACUGUGAGAAAGGUCGAGAACAGGUCGAAAAGCCGGGAAGAGUUUUUCUCAAUCAAGUAUUGCGAUAGGCUCCCUUAUAUGGGCUUUAGGUACCUUUAUGAGGCCCUGGACCAAUUCAUAUACCAAAGCCUUUGCGCUUUUAGGCAUAGAGCAAUUCCAUGUAUGUGUGACGAACUGGUGUGAGCACUUGCCUUUCGCCAAUGUUGCCUGGGCUCGAAUCCCAGAGGUGAUGUUUAAUGUCGGUUGAGGUUGCUCCGAGAGGUUUUUCUCCGGGUAUGCCAUGUUUUUCGAUCUCCUUAAAUAAAUUCUCCUCAUUCCAUAUUUUAAAAGUCUUUUGAGAGCGUUGUAAUAUUUUCCCAGGCAAAACAAAUGUUCGUUCAAAUAACCGUGUUUUGUUGGUCUUUUUUACUUUUUCGCAAUAUCUAGCCCAGGCAAAACUUUUGUUCGUUCAAAUAACCGUUUUUCAUUGCUAUCAUUCUUUUAUUCGAUUAACCGCCCAUUAAAUUUUUGGACCUUGAGUGGGCGCUAUUCGUGGGCGUUUAUUCGAAGUUUGACCCAUUCUCACUUUUAUUUUACAACAAAACAGUUGGUAUCAAAAAGCGAAGAUGUAGCAAAGUUUCUGGAAGAAAACUUGGAGGGUAACUUUUUGGAGUUUUUGUGGGAUGGAGCAGGGGUGGGCAUAUAUGGGCGCUUAUUCGAAUUCUAUAACAACCUCUUUUUUUUCUAAAUUAACUUUCAGAGCUUUCGUCAGAUUACGAUCUUUCCUUCCAAGCCAGAGCGGUUAAGUCUUAUUCGGAGAUCAAAAAGCCAAUUCCUGAUCUCAGCGCUGUGACCAUUGCUUUCUGGAUUCGAACUAAAGAUACCAAUCCAGGGACAGUAAUCUCGUACGCCACUUUAGAUGGAGGUGUUGUUCAAGACAACGCUCUUACAUUGCAAGACUAUGCCGCUUUCAAUCUCUUUGUGAACAACGUCACUGUGUUUACAGGCUUGGACGUUAAUGAUGGUCAAUGGCAUCACGUGGCAGUCACAUGGGCGAGCUCUGAUGGCACUUGGCACGCGUAUCAAGAUGGUGUCAAUGUCCACAGUUCUUCUACAGCUUUCCAGCAAGGUCAAGUUAUAAGGGGUGGUGGUGUACUGAUCCUGGGUCAAGAACAGGACGAAAUAGGCGAUGGAUUUAACACUGAAGAAAACCUAAUAGGAGAUGUUAGUCAGAUGAAUAUUUUCGACCACGUUUUGUCGCCUAAUGACAUUUAUAAUCUUGCGUACAGCGCCUAUCCUGUCAAAGGAAAUGUGGCUGCGUGGGGUGAUUUCAGAGAGGCGCUAUUUGGAGAAUAUCACCUGACUGACAAGUCGUACGCCCGUGAUUGUAAGCGAAAGUCACGUUUUACUGUUUUAUUGAUUGAUUGAUUGAUUAAUUGAUUAUUUUUUUACUAUCACACAUACCAUACUCUUUAGCAGCUUUAUCAAACCUAUUUCAUUGUAGAUAGUUUGAGAACUGACCUCUGGAGCUAAGGUAUUAGGCUAAAUGAAUUAAUUAUUAAAUAUUAUUAUACGAACACUAAUGAAAUACCAGGUGAGCUUUCGCGCGAAAACUUGACAUCUUCACAGGUGAAAAUAACAUGUUAUCUUCACAUCUGAAAAUAUCACCUUUGCUAUGGCUACAUAAUAAAUUGCGCCUUUCACACCAAAAAACUAUUAAAGUGAAAUGGUUUGGUAUUUCAUUGGUGUUUAUAUAAUACAUAGAUGCGCUCACUCGUGAAAUAUUUUUCAACACUCGAAGAGAAAUUUCGUAUCUUUGCGCGGCCAUGUAAUUAUCCUCUAUUUAAAUUAUUAAACCGUCCCCUAGUGAAGGAUCUUACUUUUUUCAAGACGUAGAAGCCAAGUACUCCAAAGUGGUAGAUUUGGACAAAUAGGAAAAAGUUAUAUUUCUUUUCAACAAUAUUGAUCCAUAUGUUUGUAAAAAAACUUGGCUACUUUGUCUAUGAAGCAUUUCAACUUAGACAAUUAUAUUCCAUAAGACAAAAGCAUGGGAAAUAGAGUUUUCUAAUUAUAGCUUUUAAUUAAAUACUAUCUGUUUAUUUGAUUAUUUUAAAUAUAAUUAAAUUUAUAAUUGUAAUGUAAUAGUUUAAAAGCAAUAACAUUUCUGUAUAUGGGAAUGCUAAUUAAAUGUUAUGUUAUGCUAGAAUUCAAUUUUUCAAAUUAUUGUUAUUGUUGUUGUGGAGAACUGGCUGUAGCAAAAUAAAAGUUUCGAGCCCGUUCAAAAGUUUAAAAACGUCGAAAUCAAUGAUCUUUAUGUCUCUUUUUUAGUCACUUCGGCCCAAAGAAAAUUUUUUGUCACCUACAAGUCCUACUUAUCAGGAAACGAUGACAAAGUGGUAUCGAACAGUAACCCAACAUCCUGUGCAGCGAGCUGUCUAUCAGAAGCUGCCUUCAUCUGCCGAUCUUUUGAAUUUGACAACUCAAGCAACACAUGUCGGAUGAGUGCGAAAUCAUCAAUUGACAGGACUCUGGAAACUGCAUCUGGCACCAGGUUUUUCGAGCUAAGUACGUAAAACAUCCUUUUUUGAGUUGUUUGACAGUGUUCUUGAGUCUCUCUCCUUUCGCACAGUUUUGAAAGAAAGCUCUUUACAUACAGGUUAGAGGUGUACAAAGUUGAGUAACCUAUCGAGAGACGAUUUAAACAAUACCAAAAGUGCGGAACAAACGUUUGAAAAGCUUUUCAUUCGUCUCGCGCUUUUAUUUAUUUUUCUAAGGAAUUUGUAUGAAUAAGGCUUAAAUAAUUCACCUAUCUUAUAAAAAAAAGCAAGGCGCUUCAAAAAACAAUUCUUUCCUUGGGUAGCAUAUAUUUAUAUGACGUCAGAAAGCCCAAACGUUUGACUUUUGCAUCGAAAUAACUGAACUUCGGUCAGUGGUUCAAUUUGCUGGCGUUAAACAUUUCCGCGUGAUUUGUAGCUAACACCUACACGAUAUAGGAGUGUAGAGUAUGGAAAGCAAUUAGUGUUUACUGUUGUUGUUGUUAUUAUUAUUAUUAUUAUUAUAAGUGAUACCGGUAACAGUAAAUUAUUAUUAUUUUACACUAUAUAAACCAAAAAAUAAUUUGAUAAAAAAGGAUUAGCUUUUUCGUAAUCACGCUUCGAGGUUGUCCGCUAUAGUGAGAAGUGAUUCCAUUUGCUUUUAUUGAAAUGGAUGGAUGAAAAUUGCUCGCUCUUUUUGAUAAACAAAUCAUGUUCAGUGACAUACAAAUCAUGUCAAAGAUAAAGUAAAAUCAACUAUUACAGCUGAUUCUUAAGUCGCGGCACAAGCCGAUUAAUAAAAUGAAUUUACAAAGAGAGAUACGAAUUGUGCUUACUGGAAAGAAAACAACAACUUAAUAGACCUUGUCACGGUUUUCGACGCCUUCUUGACGAGUAGGCAACCUCGUGAGAAAUACACUGUUUGUAUCAGAAUCUAAUGUCGAACAAUUUCCGUAAAACGGCUGUUCGGAAAAAAAUAUGAGCUGUAAACUAAAGCUACAAAGCAAAGUAUUGUACAAAACAUUUUUGGGCCGCAGCUGUGCUUAAAUUUCUCCAGAGGCUUGCUUUAGAUUUUCCUUAUAUUUGUCUGUAAUUUUUCCCGAGACUUUCUUUCAGACAAAUGUAUAGAAAAUUUAAAAAAAGUGGUUCUAGGUCUUCUAGCGCAUGUAACGCCAUUAAUUUUUUUGAAUAGAAUCCUUUGGAGUGAAGCCUUAGUUUACAAUUCAUUUUUGUUUUUUCAGAACGUCCGUUUUACGGAAAUUAUUAGACUUUAGAUUCUCAUACAGACACUGUAAUUUCUCACGCCGGUUUGCCUACUCGUCAAGAUGGCGUCGAAAACCGUGACAAGGUCUAUAACAGCCUGCAAAUCACUAAGCUGAAACUUAUGUCAUGUUGGACCCUUUCAAACGUGGAAUUUCUUAGGAGUUCCGAACACCUAUUUUAGUCGAUGAAAGUACAGAUUAAAUACGGCAGUUGAUUCAGACGUCGGAUAUGAAGGUGCCGAAUUUAUUGUUGUAAAUAUUCCCAGUCUCUAGAAUUUUUUUUUAUCCAAUAUGGAUAAGGGUUUCUGUAAUUAAUGCAUUAUAUUCGGAACAUGCGACUUCUAAAUCAAAUGUUGAACCAAAGUGGAAUUUUCGACUGUUUCAGUCGCGGAUUCGACAAAGUCAUAUUUAAUUUGAAACUGUCGAAUUUAGUUUUUAUUCAGACGUCCCAUCUCAAGGCGGCUACCUCUCGAACUUAAUUGGGCACAUGUGAAAAUCGUCGAUUGAGCUAGGUAAUGAUAACAGUGUCCAGUAUGACUAAAAAUACCGGUAGAUAUGCUGUGAUACAUACCGCAUUAUUUAUAUUCCUGUAAACUUUGCUCUCAAUUUACCACAUUAUGUCACUAGCUAUAGGCUUGGUCCAUGUCGGGGAAUGUUUAAGAAAUUUAUGAACUAUCGAUCGCGCGGCUACCGACUGAACCGUAUAACCGUACGAUUCUCUCCCUGCUCGUAAGGUGUCUUUUCAUCUGUCGGGGAAAACAGUCACGUGACUGAUGACGUUAUUACCUUAGAUGUGACAUGGGAAGAUAUUUUAUGGCAAAUGUUACCUCGUUGUGGUCUGACAGUCUUCUACGUAUAAAAUUGUCAAAGUUAUAAAGCUUUCAAAAACUUGCCUCAAAGGUUUCUGGGAGAUUUUUUUAUGAUAAUUAUAAUUCAUUUUUAUAAUUAUUUAUUUACUUAUUCUUUUUGGAUCUAGAUUGUCUUGCAAGCCUCGGAGUGUCAACAAGUCGAGGUAUUCCUGACUCUGAUAUAACGGCAUCCAGCCAGUUUAACAGCCAACAUGCACCUUCAGGAGGUCGCCUAAAUUAUCAAGCGCAAAUAAAUUCUGUGGGAGUAACAACUCAAAUUGGGGGUUGGGCUGCUUCAAGCAAUAACAAAGACCAAUACCUGCAGAUCAAGUUUAGCAAGAUUACCCAGAUAACAGGGGUGGCCACUCAAGGCAGGUCAGACGCAGAUCAAUGGGUGACGUCUUACAAACUUCAAUACAGUACUGACGGAUCAAGUUGGACUGACUAUCCAAGCGUACGUGUGAAUCCUUAGUGAAUUCAUGUUAGUUACCAGUGUACUAAGACUACGUAAAUCGCAAAACCUCGCCGAGAGCGCGGGUCUAAAAUAACUAAGAAUGGUAUUGUCUUAACCCUGCAAACUGUUAGACCUUCAAAGAUGGUGCUCCCGUCUCCACUAUACGCAGGAGGCAUAAAGAAUAUUGCCCCUAAUUAGUACUUUCGUGCUAAAUACAUUGUCGCGUAAAUAUAUUGCUUUUUUUGUUGUUGCAGACACUAAAUGGAAACACAGACCGAAACACAGUUGUUCGUCAUGAGGUCAGGUUGUUCCAAGCGAUGUAUCUUAGGUUCAGACCACAGACGUGGCACGGUCACAUAUCGAUGAGAGUGGAAGCAUACGGGUGCCCACCAGGUAAGCAGAAUAAGAAUGCCUGCUGAGAUUCCCCAGUUAGGUUACCCAAUCCCCCGGGGGGUACUCCCUAUAAUGGCCUACAGGGGAGGCUCCGUCCGAAGGGGGUAUCUUUUUCAGGCAUCAAGUACAUGAAAGGCUAGGGAUUUAACUUAUUGAAGUGUUUGAAAGUGUGGGGAAAUCUGUUGUCUCGGUCGGUAUAUAGGCCCAAAAGGCCUAACAAAUGCAUUUUGUGGCUGUGAAGAAAACGUUCUGGUUUUUGUGCUUCCUUCGCAUUUUAAAGACAGAGCAUUUAAAGAGGCUAAAAGGGAUGCGAAAUUCUAAAUUAGGUAUUUGAAAGGGGUACCAUUUGCCAAUAGUAGGUAUACAAAGGGGGUACCUUUUUCUGUCAAAAAUGGUUUAUAAAAGGGUAAGGGGUUGGAUCUCGGGGCGGAGCCUACCCUCUCCGUUUAAAGUUUUAUUGAGUAACCCCGGUACUCAGUCCUAUUAUGCCAUGAAAAACUUUCCUUCAAUCCAGUAAUCCCGCCGAUUUUUUGUCAGAGUAAUACCGAUCCGAAUCAUAUCUAAAAAAGUAAUAAACAAGUUAGGCCUGUUUCAAACGUUGUGCUACUGCCGUGCUAAGCUAGCUAGACUGCAGCACGACACUAGCACGACUUGGUUUCAGACCUCGAAUUUAAUUCAGUCCAAUAGAACGGCUGUUGCCGAAAACAAAACACACAAAUAAAGAAACUGUUUAGCAAACUUUUAAAUUUAUUCUAUUGUAUUUUUAUAAUUUAUGAAUUGAGUUCGGCACGGCGGUAGCACUACGUUUGAAACAAAGUCGUACCGAAUGUUUGCCUUUAAAACAACAUUUCUUGAAUCCUACAUUGACAACUGGUUCUGUGGUUUCCUUAUGUGCUUAUCGUGGCUAUAACUGCCACAUGCAUAAUUGGUCACCAUAAAAUUAACGUUUCUGAAAUAUUUCAGGAGUUCGUCGUCUUCUGAGUUAUACAGUGAUAAUGCAUGAUAAUUACUAUUCCAGACUUUUUAGUCCUUGAAAGCGCUUACUAAGUAAUUAAAAACAUGUUGGUCCAAAACUGUUGGCAAUUUUGUUAUAUCAACCACUUGAAUCAAGUUAAAUUUUGUCAAACAAUCAAGAAUAAAGAUAAGCGAAAAAAGUAUAUAUUGGGUCAGUUUUUAGUUUUAUCUUUGUCACUUGAUAAGGAUGUCAUGGCGACAUCGAAACGUUGUGUUAAGCUUUAUUCGCUUAUCUUUACUCUUGCGUGAUUAACCAUUUGAUUUACUUAUUUAUUUAUUUCGACUUAGCGACCGUCGCACCUGUAGACAGUAGCAAUGAAUGCAGCCCCUCGCCUUGUCAAAACAGUGGAACUUGUAUUAACAGAUACAAUGACUACCUGUGUGUUUGUAAAAGAGGUUACUCUGGAAAGAACUGUGAGACCGGUAAGUAUGCCUAUGGCUUUUUGUAUGAAGGGAGGGAGGGAGAUCCCGGCACCAGGAAAAUCCUAGUAAGCGGGUUCACGUGCAGAAGGUUUGGUCCGUGUGGUCACCAAGUUGAGGAGGAAUUAAAAACAUGUAAUUUUGUCACAAACCGGCAGUUCUUUGGAUCUUGGUGACGCCAAACGAAAUUGUCGGCCUUUAUUUCCGUGAUUACCGACUGAAAGACCCGCCGCCAUUUUUGCCCAGUUUAUCACUAGCAGUAGAAUCUUCGUAGCGAAAGUACUUAACAUGGUGCCAGGAUCUUCCUACCUCUCGGCUAGGAAGAUCCUAGUAGGACUUUCCUAAUGCUAGGGACACUGAAGUACAAUCUUUUGCAUUGCUACUUGCGUUGCUAUGACAACCCCGGCAUCUUUGUCAAAAGUGACGUAGUUAGGGCUCGAACUUGGGUCAGGUAUUGCCCCUAGGAAGAAAGUCAAUUCCAGCCACCUUAAGGCUUUCUCUUUGAGCGAGUAUGGUCGCCUUCUGUAGUCAUUCAACUGAUUCAAGUGUUCUCAAGUAGCACUUCAAAGAAAUAUGGGUAAAUCUGACUUAUUCAAACCAUCCAUUAAUAUAACCAAUAAUUAUUCACUAGAAGUCCGAAAAAAAAAAACAAAUAUUCUGUUCAAGUCAUAUUAAACAACUUAUUUAUGAUAAUGUUAUUGUCUCAGCUGACCCGUGCAAGGCCAUUGGCGCUCCUAUCUACGGUACGAAGUCUUCGUCCAGUUACAACGCUGGAAGCACCAUCACCUUUACCUGUAAUGCAGGAUACUCUCUACAAGGCUCCCCGUCUCGAACAUGCCAAGGAGGGGGCUGGAGUGGAAUCCAUCCAAAAUGUCCAGGUACUUAAAAGAAAUGAUCAGCCUUUGCUUAAACUGAUCGACUGAUAGAAGUGGGUUGUCCGUUCAAGAACGUCAGUCAAAAGACCUUUGCUAAUGAAUCACUCAAAUUGUAGAUAUUACUUUAACCAUCAAACAAAGAAACUUUCAUAUGACAUUGAAAUGAUUACGUACAAACGAAAAAAAAGCAAACGAGCAAUAAUAGAAGAAUUCCAUUAGCUUAUCCCUCAGGCAAAAAAGCGCGCGGCUUUUGAUUAGUAAAGCGAACGUGCAAUGUAUUCCUGACGAAAGAAAAGUUUCUUAAAAGUUAUUUCUAUAACUUCGCGGCCACUUUUAAGAGAACUUACUAGCAAGCUGAUAAUGAAGAGCCGUUAAAACUGUUUAAACGAUCGGCCGUUGCCUGAAGUGCAGGCGUUUUUUUCGGGUGUGCGAAUGUUUUGCUCAUGAAAGCGUCAUGUUGAAACUCCAAACCAGAGGAGGAAACGGGGCGACUCAAAAGGAGCGAAGGAGGGGGUGGGGAGAAAGAGAAGACAAAACGCCGUAUUUUUCUUCCUUCCCCCUCUCCCUCCCCCUCACCCUUUCCUUCUUUUGCCCUAGCACCUACCCUAAGGGUUACUGUUUUUACUCUUCCCUGAUCUUCCUCCGUCACAAAAUCAAAGAUGGCGGUUACAACAAAAUGAACAUAAACAAGCAGCUUUCGCCCGCCAAAAAUAUGCCUGCACUGCAGGCUAAAUCGGCUGAUGCUUUACAUAUCCAAAGAAGGGAGAAAAUCAAGGAGCUGUCUUGUAGAAAGUAUGGUUAUCUUUUUCGAAUUGUUCCUUCAAUAUCUUGCUAUUCUGGGGUCAAUGUAACAAAACUGUUACAAGUGUAAUUGUAAGUGAAGGCAUUGUUUUAGAGUCCGAAAACAGUUGUUACACUCGUAAGAGUUUCAUUAAAUUUACCCAUGUCUAUGUCAUGUAGAUACUGAUGAGUGCGUCAAUAACCCUUGCAAUCAGUGGUGUAAAAACACAAAUGGAGGCUACAUUUGUCAUUGUCACAAAGGCUAUCAGCUACAAGGAGCAACCAACUGUGUCGGUAAGUCAAAUUCAGUAUCCUAAAAUGAGGUGAUAAAUUAUUAUUAUUAUUAUUAUUAUUAUUUUAUUUUAAUUAUUUAUUUUUAUUUAUUUAUUUGCCGCUUUAGUUUAUUUGAACGUCAAGACUUUUGCCAUUUUACUUUUUAGUUGUUUGCACACCACCGAAGAAGAGGAAGUGUAUUUUGACAAAACGUGAACUUUCAUUGUUUAGUGUGUUAGGCAGUUUCUUGUAAAAUUUGAUAAAAUAAAAUUUGCCUCCUUGGAGAGAGUCGAACAUAGAAUACUUGAGCGUCAGCUGCUCGUCAGAGUGAAUGAAGGGAUUGUGGAUUGUGUAUGUGUGUGUGUGUGUGUUCGAUGAACAGUUUUCGUUGAUUGCCAGGCGAUUUACGCAUAGAGUAUCUAUUUGGUGACUGGUUGGUACGUUUUUGACAAGAAGGAAACUUCUUUGUUAUUUGUCAUUACUGAAUGGGAAUGAAUUGAUGCGUUGCUGUGGAUUUCUCCCCAGAAUAAUAAAAAAUGGAGUGCUUUGUUUUAAAUUUUUAUUUCUUAUUUUUUCUUUCCUUACCUCCUGGUCAGAUAUCAAUGAAUGCUCAUCUUCUAAAGGAGGCUGUUCCCACACGUGCCACAACUCCGCGGGAUCAUUUACUUGUUCCUGUCCAACUGGUCUGGAGUUGGAUUCUGGAAAAAGAAGUUGCAAAGGUAAAAUUGGAAUUUUCAAUUUCCACCCCCUUUUUGCAGCAACUGUUCAUGUUUUUAUCAGACUAUAGUUUUAACUAUUCGUUAUGGAGCCUGUCAGUCUUCCUUUUUCUCUUCCUCGCAAGCUUUUUUGGACGUAACAGUGCACAAAGCUUAAUAUAAUUUAUGGAAUUUGUAACUAACUAAGAGGAAAUAUUGCAUUGUUUUUAUUUAGAUCAAGCACAAUUAAAAAAACAAAAACAAAAACAAAUUGUUCAUAGAGAGCGAACUCUGAACGUAAAAUUCAAGGCCUUUUCUUCCGUAUCUUUCACGCUUAGCGACUUUCAUGACCAGUCACCUCUACUAACUAUGAUUAGAAACAUUUUAACAAUCUUUGGUGACAGGCGGUUGCUAUGGCAAGUAGACCUGACGUCAUGAUUGACAUGGACUCGAAUUCGAUUCCUUUGCACCUUUUUGUAACAAACGCAAAAGCAGUACCCAUUGUAGUUAAAGGUUCAAAUAGAACAUCUAAACAUUGAAAGUGCUAAGGUCACCUCAAUUAACACUUUUUGGGACGUACAAUACCAAGUUGAAUCAUCUACUCAUCUACCUUUAUGUUUGGCUCAUCCUGGAAAGUUUAUGAUUUGUUUCGCGAUACAUGCAUUUCACCAUUGCGUUCGAAUGAACUUUUCAACUUUUAUGAGUGAAAUACAAAAGCUUUAAUGACUUUACCGUUUUUGCUCUGUUCUUCAGACAUCGACGAAUGUGCUGCGUCCAACGGCGGCUGCGAACACAACUGUGUAAACAGCUACCAAUCUUUCAGCUGUGAAUGUAGACAAGGAUACACUCUCAGAGCAGACAAAAAGACAUGUGCAGGUAAAUUCACGCUCCUGGCGAGUGCAACGGAAUGUUAAAGUUGAAAUAGAGUUUAAUCAGUGUUUUCUUGGUGGGCUUAUCCAAUAGAAGCUUGUAAUAGGCCAUUUCUGAGUUCCAAACAUUUUCAUUUUCAAAGAGAGGCUAAGUGAAAACCUUUUUUUUUGUGAAAAUGAAUUUUAUUUGCCUGAGAAUGAAACAAAUUCCUAUCAAUGGCUUCGCUCUUAGCCUCGCCUUGAAAUAGAGGCCAAGGUUCACUCAGAAAUGUCCUUUCUCUGGUUUUGAACUUGAAAGCGUCGCAUGGCUGCCUUUCUGUGCUAUUUUCUAUUUGAAGCAUUCAGUUUGGAAAAAAACGACGAAACAAAACAAAACAAAAUGAACAUAACCGUCCAGCUAUUUAAACUGCUAAAAAUCAUUUCUUUUUUUUCCAUGUAGCAUUGUCAUGUCCCAGCUUAAGCAAUCCAGGGAAUGGCCAGGUUUCUCUAAGUUCUGGGCUCGUUAUGGGAAGCACUGCAACAUACACUUGCAACAGUGGCUUCAAAGCUACAUUCACAUCCACCAGAUAUUGUCAAGCAGAUGGCCAGUGGUCUGGAGGAGCGCCAAGCUGCUUACGUUAGUGUUAAAAUUACAUAAAAUUCCGGGCAAAGUCAUGUUUAAAAUGAAAAUGACUCACAUUCCAAGUCCGAAAAACGAUGGUGUAUACCAUUUGGACGUCGAUAAGUAGUGACCAUACCCUCCUCCAUCCAAUCAGCUGCUAUUAAGCCCAUCUUAAUUCCAACAUUUGUUUAUUUAUUUAUGUUUGUAUGCAUUCCGUCCUUUUUCCCCCUUUCAUGCAAUCUUCCAUAUAUAUUCAAUUCAUUCGUUAACUUAUUUAUUCAUUUAUUUAUUCACAUAUGGUAUUUAUUGAUAUUGUUUAUCGUCAUCAAUAAUCAUUGAAGAUUGACCUCAUUUUUCAUUCCUCCCAUCAUUUCCUUAAUUCCCUCUUUCCUUUCUUCCUUCCUUUAUUUGUUCUUUCCUUCUUUCCCUUAUUCAUUCAUUCAUUCAUUCAUUCAUCCAUUCAUUCAUUCAUUUAGUCAGUCAGUCAGUCAGUCAUUCAUUCAUUCAUUCAUUCAUUCAUUCAUUUAGUCAUUCAUCCAUUCAUUCAUUCAUUCAUUCAUUUAGUCAUUCAUUCAUUCAUUCAUCCAUCCAUCCAUUCAUUUAGUCAUUCAUUCAUUCAUUCAUUCAUCAUUCAUCCAUUCAUUCAUUCAUUCAUUCAUUCAUUCAUUCAUUCAUUCAUUCAUUCAUUCAUCCAUCCAUUCAUUUAGUCAUUCAUUCAUUCAUUCAUUCAUCCAUCCAUUCAUUUAGUCAUUCAUUCAUUCAUUCAUUCAUUCAUUCAUUCAUUCAUUCAUUCAUUCAUUCAUUCAUUCAUUCAUUCAUUCAUUCAUUCAUUUAGUCAUUCAUUCAUUCAUUCAUUCAUUCAUUUAUUCAUUCGUUCUUAUCAUUUGCUCACUCUGUAAUUUAUUUGCUCAUUAUUUUCGUUAUUUACUUAUUUAUAGAUUUUUAUUGUCGUCAACUUUACCCUAUCUGUUUCCUCUGUUAAAACUUCCGUCAUUAUUUUCCGCUGUUUUGUUUGAUUUGCGUAAUCUGCCACUAGGGUUUGAAUCUGGCUAAAUUACGUGAAAUAGCCGCAACGACAGCAAGCAUAACUUAGUUGACUUUUUCCACUUUAGAAACGAGAAAGGAACAGGAGCGGAAAUGCGUCCCGCAGUUGUUUCUGGGGUCUGUACUAGGGACGCGCCGGUCACCUCUUGCCUUAUUUUUUCUCUGUCCCUAGUAAUAGUACUAGGAACGUUAACUCAGCAUAGAAUCCUUCUCGUUUCUAAAGUGGUGAUUAACGUAAAUGACGUUAUAAAGGGCCACUUUCAAAUAAUCGCCUCUUAUCUAAUAAACGCCCUCUCCACGCUGUUAAAACUGUAUUAGACGCCCGUCUCUAACAAACGCCCCCUGUCUGAUGGACGCCCCCUUUGAGAAUUACGUCAAAAUACUUUCAAUUCAUUGAGUUUCUUGUCGCUUGAUUAACCAGGGUUGACGUACUUCAUCUUGUUCAACGUCAAGUUGAGGAUAAGGAUAGAUUAACAAUGGCAACACAAUAACCCUGAGCAAAGAUUCUGACAUCGAUGUUGGGAUUUGAAAGAUCGAUAUGGAUCUCUAGACGGCCUAGACGUAUCAAUUGAUGGAGUGGAUAUUCCUCUAUUUUUAAGCUCCACUUGAUAUUUUUGCCGAAAGCAUAUUAGUUUAGUUAAGCUUGUUUCAGUUAUGAAAAUAAAGGCCUCUCUCUUUUAAACUCCUCCUAUCUUUUAAAUGCCCCAGCUUGGACCUCUAAAAUUAAAUAGAAGCCCCGGGUGUUUAGUGGGUCGUUUACGCUAUGCGUCAUGCUAACUAGUGUGACAGGCGUUGGAAGAGCUGUACUAACUUCAAUUUCCACUUAUUUUCCAAUGUAGGUGUUUUAUGCGCAGAAAUUGGUCAAGUGGAGCACGCUACACGUGUCCUGACUGGAACAGAUGGCGCGAAAAAUGUUCUUGGAACCAAGGCAACGUUUACCUGUCACGCGAAUUACCGAAUGCCUGCGAAUGUUGAUGCUACAAGAACCUGUCAGGCUGAUGGAACGUGGAGCGGAACACAACCAAGAUGUGUUGGUAUGUUGCACAGAGGGCUUUAAAUUUAAUUGAUACAAACAUUUGAUCAUCGUGUUUAUAAGGACGAAUUUUUUUAGAAUUUUUGCCGGACUGUUUUACUAUGUGACCCUCCAAAGGAUUUUGAUGCUAAAGGUGAAAAGCUCGGUGAAUAACUGUGAAAGAUGUGAUAAUCAGUAUGUCAAGGCAAAAAUCUUGAAUCCUCGACAGGGUUUGGAGACCUCGCGCAGACACUUGUGCGUUCUUAUGAAGCGGAUAUUAUGGAGAGCAAGGCCUUAUACAAAGUUCUUGUUUAACCACAGGAGUCCGAACUGUUCAGAGAAGCGUGCUGACACGCGCGAUAUGUGAUCUCAUACAUUUACCUUUGCUAUGUAUGUUAUCGUGGGCGUCAACUUCAAAGGAAUCAAAACUCCACUCAAACGCAAAAGACCACUUUUAAAGAAAGCCAAGUAAACUAUUUUUCUCUCACCUUUUAUCAAGAUCAAGCGGUGUAAAAUUCUGUAUUUUUUGAAGCGUUUUGUCGAUCAGUUGAAUCAAGCUUAUAGCAGCCGUCACGGAAUACAGUAAAUGUAUGAGGUCACACAUCGCGCUUGACAUCAGGCUACAGAUUUGAAACGCGCCAUGCAUACUGUAGUUCGCUGCACAGCCAUUUUUGUGUCGUGACGCAAGGUGGAGCGUUGCGUGACAACACAAAGAACGGCUUUGUAGCAGACUAUGUUUUCCCCCAGGACUAAUGUCGAAGAGCGUACUGUAUGUUGAUAAAUGAAGAAAGAUGGUGAAUUUGGGUUAAAGAACUUGAAAUGUGUUUCAAGCUACCCUUAUCUUUGACUUCUCGAUUACAAGAAACCUAAUUACUUCUAAUUAUCGGUUUAUUAUAGCUGCCUUCUGUAGUCCUGUUCCAGUUCCUAAUAACGGCGCGGUUCAAGGUUACCGCUAUGAGCUGGGUGCUACACUGCGUAUCACUUGCAACGAAGGUUAUAAUUUGGUACCUCCAGAUUCAUCCUUUCGAACUUGUAUUUCUGACGGAGCAGGAGGCGGAAAAUGGUCAGGGCAAGAUCCCACUUGCGUAUGUAAGUGCUUAAGUAGAGACUUAUGAGACGAAGUGGGGUGAGGGUUUUAAUUCUUAGUGGCGAUGGAGUGAAGUGGAGCACCAUGGGUAAUAAAAUUUUGUAUAUCCUUACAUAACGGUACGCAAGCCCUCUUUACGUCUGAACCGCCUUCCCUUCAUGUUAGCGGAUAUCUAUUCAUCCAACAAAUUUUGAUUGUGGCAUAUUCACAAUAUUAUUGUACCCACAGUACGCCCGCCGUCUUCACGUCCGAAGAGCCUUCCCCUUCAUGUUAGUGGAUGUGAAAUGUAACACUUACUAGCUUGGAGCCCAAAGUAGAGAAAUACUCUUAUAACGAAAUGCAAAAAUGCUUCAAUCACAGGCUUAGAGAUGACUUAUUCACCCGGCCUGUUUAAUGCCAAUGCUAAUGCAAAGUAAAAAUGUUCUAAUCGCAAGCUGGAUUAGGGGGUGACUUGUUUGCCUAUUUCUGUUUUCUUCCUUUUUGACUUGAGUGGUAUAUUAAUCAUACCACCAUCAUGCCAGUUGGUUGUGAAGAAUUACCCGAUUGAUUAAGCAAAGAACCAAGCUUUUUGGAAAAAAUCCACUUUUCAGCAUAAAACAACCAAAUCUGUCUCUUUCAUGUAGAAUCAGGUGAAAAAGUUGGUAAAACGCCAUUUUUAGGUUUUUUGAUUAACCCAUUCGCCCCUGAACCGCCCGUAACCGCCCAUGCGGAUCCAGGUACUUUCUAUCCUUUGUGACGUCAUCAGUUUUAACGGUCAAGGACAACUUUCUUCGCUAACUUGUGUAGAGUGAAGAGAUAUUUCAAACCAUACCAGAAUGAGCACAAUUCAGUCAAGGACACCGGAGAAAGAAGCAAAAAACCACGUGACAUUGACCUCAAAAUCUCCAUGAAAAUCUUCUUCCAUUGCUCACCUACCUUUCCUUUCACCUAAUCCUAAGAUCCUAAAAGCUUUCCUGAAAACUCUUCCCACCAAAAUGAAGCCUACUAAAUGCCCAGCAAGAGAAAAAAAAUGAGGCAAGAAAAGCGAAAAAAGAAGGGAGGAGAGAAAGCGAAAAGUAAAAGUCAAGACUGCUGUGUCACUUUUAAACCCAAAAAAUCGAAAUCUCGAAAUUUUGCUUUCUGCGCAUGCCUGAACUUCGCAAGCUGAUAUUUUGCAUCUGGAUCAGAAGGCCGCGAAGUGUACGACAUGUAAACCGGUUUGUGGUAAGUUUUAGCUCUUUAUAGCACGACAAAGACCAGAAAACCACUGGACUAGCUUCAAAACGCGUUUUUCGGCAAAAUCACCAGGAGCGAAUGGGUUAAAACUAAUCAGAAACAUAUAUCUGUCUUGAAUGAAGACUAAUCAAAUCAUUCUCUUUCUCUUUAUUAUUUAUUUAUUUUAUUUCAAUGCACAUUUUAGUGGUGGAUUGUGGAGACCCUGGUAAUCCUUAUGGUGGCUACCGUCACAUAGCAACCAACACUAAGUACCAGUCUACUGUGACGUACACGUGUCAGCCUCAACAUCACCUUGAAGGGGAGAACAGCCAAGUAUGUCAAGCUGAUGGGACAUGGAGUGGGUCAAAGCCUGUUUGUCUUCGUAAGUUUGUUAAGGUGGCUUGACCCGUAUUUUCGUAGGCAUACCUUCCAUCUUUGGACCUCUUAGUAACGUCCUUAUUCUUGGUCCCCAAAGGACUCAAUGAAUUAAUGGAGAUGCCUUUCGUAUUUACCCUCAACUGGAUUAGCACGUGGACAAUGAAUUUUUUUAUCAGGAUAAUCAUGGCGCUUCCUCAAAUCCCGGAAGACAGGUGGGGGACCAGAACAAGGAUUUCCACGCUGUUUCACAGACGGACUUAAGUGGAAGUUAACUGAGUUCCGUCUGUGUGGCAGGCUGUGGAAAGAUGGCCAGAAUUCCUUGGGAAAGAAAGACGAUUAUUUUAGCAGUAAAAACGUUUAGAAAAGAAAGGACGAAGGAAAGACAGCGAAUAAAGAUCGAAAUAGAUUCGCCAAAAACAAUUCAAUUCUUGGCGAAUGUACCCAUGCGCAUACACGAGAAAUACACGAAAUACAUGACUGCAGCUUAAAUAAUUGCGUCCAAUUAGCAGGAAAAUAUGACCUUCGUGCCGCAAGUCUCCUUUUAAGCCAUUCCCAUGCUACUUGAUGUUAAAACCGGUCAAUAAAGAAGGAUUUGGUAAAAAAUUAAUAUACAAUAUCCCGUGUUUUGCUACCAUAUGUAGCUAGCAGAUACCAAAGGGGGGUUACUUCGUUAGUCUGUUGGUAAGAAUUUUAAAAACUGAGAAUUUAUCUCUAAAUAUUUGAUGAUCUUAAUUCACAGAGCAUUCUUGCGGUAAUCCUGGUGUUCCUGCCAAUGGAAAGAAGAACUCGUCCACAUACAAAUAUGGCGACUCACUUAAAUUCGAAUGUAAUGUCGGUUACAAUUUAAUCGGCUCUGCUGUUCGCACUUGUCAAAAUAACGGACUGUGGACUGGUACGCAGCCUACAUGUCAAAGUAAGUUUGGGGGCAAAUUUUUGUAAAAAAUUCGAAGAGAAUGUCACCAGAUACCCACUUACUAUUCGAUAUUCAGAGCUUAGGCACAAGCUAUCACAGUGACUUGGAUUCUCGCUACAAUUUAUAACCAUUACCUUCCCUUUUUUGUCGAAGCGUUUUCCAUAAAUGAUUAAUUCAUUAUUUCUAGAUGACUUAUGUAAAAAAAAUUUCAUUUAUACAUUAUACAUUAUCAUAAUUAUUUUUAUUACGGAUUAUUGUUAUUAUUAAUUGAAAUGAAUUGUUAAUAGGUUUAUUAUCAUUAUUUUAUUAUUUCAUAUUUUAAACUAUAUUCUAGGGAUUGUUAAGCCAGCCCAGGUGCUGGCUGGAAUCGAGGAUCUCUACGGAGGUCUCGGCAAGCGAGCCAGUUCCCCCUCCUCAAAUAAACAUAGCGACAAGUUUAUUAGUCUGCAAGCAAGCUCUCUGGGGCGCUCUGGCGGCGGGGUGGGAUAUAGAAGGAGAGCUUGCAACUAUGUCUCUGGAAAUUGAAUUCUGCUUCCAAUUUCCUUGUAGCUUCCCGUCAACGGAGCUGUCAGAUCUCCGCCAGUCAACGCGAAUCGGAAACGAACGCGAAUGUAAACAAACAUUGAAUAACACGCGAAAGCACGUGCCAAUGGUAACUACCUUAUUACUAGUGUCAUCUCCGCAAAUCAGCAUUUUGCAUCGACUUUUUCGAUGCAGAUAUUCAUUUUCCAGAGACGCCUAGAUACCAAAAAAAGAGGGGUGUUUGAUAAUUAUGUCAGUGACGUCGACUGGAGUUUUCGAAUUCUUGCCGUUUAAACUUUCUCUGGAGACUCUCCCCCCCCCCCUCCAGAGAGCUUGCUCGCAGGCUAUUGGGAAGAAGAUAACUUCAACUUGUUGAAUUCAAUAAUCGCAAACAUUAUUUGUUGUUCUUUAUUCAAGUCGUCAAUUGUGGCGAUCCAGGAACACCACCAAACGGCGUCAGAUACGGAGACGUUUUUACUUACCUAAGCCAAGUCAUCCUGGAAUGUGAUCCCCAGUAUAGACUUGUAGGUAAUCUCUUUAGAACAUGUCAAGCUGAUGGCACCUGGUCAGGCAGUCAACCCACGUGUCAGGGUAAGAACACGAAAGGCGCUCAACAGACAGUGAAACAAAAAAUAACCGCCCAAGGCAUUAAAAGAAGAUAUAAAAUAAUUAAAAACAAGGCACGGAUGAGCAAACUAAAACGGAUUCCAACAGUGACUUUUGAAAACUUGAUUGUUUAUUAACAGUUUUUCAAAGUUUAUUUUUGUUGUUUGUAACCUUUGUUAUGAUGUAAUGCUUGAGAAACAUAUUUGUCUAACACGAAGCUAUGAUUUUGUCAUUCACAAGUAAUUUCUCAAGUCCAUAGGCAAAUAAGGUCGCGUAAUUGGCUUUACAUACAGCCGUGACGGAGCCCCUUUAAGUGAUAUGAAAACUAUUUAUAUCCUGGUGCAAUAAAGACCCUUAAUUAAGAACCUAGUUUAUAAGAACCAUUGAAAUUUGCCAGUUAAUCCCCAAGAACCUUUCAGCCUGUAAUUUGAAACAGUUUCUUAUUUCCAACGCGGUUAAAGUAGAACAACGAUUAUUUGACAUCGUGAGGCCAUCCUUUUUUAAGUCCAAAGUGUUUGACAAAUAAACUGUCAUAGUAUGCUGAACUUUAACCUUUAUGAAAUAUGCAAAGUCUUGCUAAUGUUUCUUAUUCCUAAAAAUAAGAAAACUAUUAAAAUAUAAACUUUUCAACAGUUCAACGUCAAUUCUGUAGUCCAUAAGACUAUAGGCCGUGGCUAUUGUUGUCGAUAUUUUUAAUUGAUAAUUCAGGAAGUAUCUAUACUUAAGCGACAAUUAAUCGAUUUUUUUUUUUCAGCAACAAGCUGUGGUACAUUUUUGACUGGCCCAAGUGGCACUGUGAAGUCAUCUAAUUACCCGUCCAAUUACAACGACAACGAAUACUGCACGUGGCAGAUACAAGUUCCGGUGAACAAGAAAAUCAGGCUUGACUUUACAGAAUUUAAAACGGAGACUGGCAAGGACUUCCUGAUGAUCUACGACACAAAUCAUUACAACAGACCCAACAUAAUUUUUGAUGGAACUACGUACAAACCACCACCUUUUACUUCAUCCGGGAAUGUUUUGCGGGUGAGAUUCAUCAGCGACGGAGCUAAUGCAAUGAAAGGAUUCAGUUUUAACUACAAGCAAGUUGGUAAGAUGUGAUGUUUUUAGUCCCUUAGAUAUUGUUGUUGCCACAAAUUAGUUUUUCCCAUUCACCACGAAGACCAAUGGUCAGUGAAAAUGACAUUUUGCCAUAACAAAGGCCUUGGAAAUUAUAGAUCGUUUCUGUUAGCGAAGAACAACUCUAUCCACUAUGUUACAUAACACAUAGUCGACCAUCCCUGUAAGAGUUUGAUUUUUUAUUUUGUUUAUGUUACAUGAAUUUAGAGACUGUGCCAGACUUUGGGAAAACGCCUUUCAUUUAUGUGUUUGUUGUCAAGUAUUUCUUAAAUUCCUUAAGUUGCCCUGUUAUGCUAAACAAUUUCUACUCAUCAACACCUUUCAAAAGUUAUAUUACCCAUUGGUUCGUGGUUGGUUGUUUGUUUCCGUUAUUGGAAAACUGGGUGGAAAUCAGCAGUAGGGAAAAGGGUCAAUAUAGGAGAUGAAGUGCUGUCUUUUCGCUAUAACUUAGUUUUCAGCACUAUUCACCGGAUAAAUGACUAUCCAGUGGUUAACGCAAUUUAUUUUCCAGAUACGUCGCUGCGGGUUAAUUAACAAUUAUUCCACGAGUGCGCGUUGGAUAUUUAACAAUUAAUGAAUUCGGCUUUCUUAUCUUAUGAAGAAUUAUGGAGAUCGAGGAGGAUGUUCCUAGUUUAAAAACAUAGCUAAAACUAGCUUACCUGCAUCGGUGUUAAGUUUAUCUUCGAUAGUUUACGUUAAGGUUUGUCCAGCUCCGCAAAUAUUUUCCAAAUAGCAGAUGUCGCACUCCAAGUUGUCUUCUUGCUGUUUUUGCCAUGUUUUUAGCCAUUAUUUUGCCUAGUUCCAGCUGUAGUUCUUACCUUUGAAACGAGUGAAGUGUCCGCCAUUUUAGUUUUUACAACCAAAACAACUCAAUCUCGUCCCAGGUCUUCUCGGUUAACGGUGCAUUAACCUGUAGAAGGCUGCAUUUUUGCCGUCAUUUCCUCGUUGAACACAAAAUUCGUCCAAAUUUGGACAUAAGUAACUUGGUUAUGGUGAAUUGUGCGUGUGCUCUUAGCCAAUCAGAAUUGGGGAAAUAUUUUGAGUAAAUAAUAAGAGAUGUUAGAUAGCCAACGAGGUGCGUAGCGCCGAGUUGGCUAUAAUCAUCUUAUAUCCAACAAGUACGAGUGGAAUAAUUGUUUUAUUAAUAACGCUCACAAAAUAUCGAGAAUUCUUCCCGAUUUUCAGCUUGUUUUUAAUUUUGAGCAAACGCGUACAGUUAACAUAUAUGGAAAGCAUGGUAUAAUGGCUCAUUUACCAUGUUGAUUAAGCCAAUCAGAGCUCUAGAAUUGCAUUAUCCAAUGAUUCAUUUUUUAAUAAUAGGUGAUGUAUCUGCAGGAUCGAUAGCGCUACCCACCUUUUUCGCAACUGGGGCUUGAAGUAAUAUGUAAGAACAUAAAGAUCCAUUUGCACUGGUCGUGACCAACCACUAGGCCAAAAAAAGAAGCUUUCGUUAGUUGAGACUACUGUAACUACUGUUAAAGCUAAUGAGCUGCUGUUAAGGAAAUUAGGAUGUUCGUAAAUGUUUAACCAUUAUGCACUGUGUCGUUUGAUGUCGAACUGAAUGAGAAGGAGGACAAAUUAACUAUGCUUUGGCAACCACAAUUGAGGCCAUGGAGUUGGUGUGUAAGGUGUGUACGAUGAAUAGGGAAAGUGGUAUCGAUGAAACGGGUGUUUCCUGGUGUUGCGUAGGCUUUUGUUGGUUCGCUUUUGUUUUCUGUUUUUUUUGUUUUUUUUUUUUUUUUUUUUUUUUGGUGUGUCUUUUUAACCUUGUGUAUUUCUUCAUUUGGUGAUUGAACCCAUCUGCGACAAAAACAAACUGCCGAUAAACUCGAGAAAAGCUAGUUAUUUAUUUAUUUAUUUAUUUUGGCAGUGAAGCUCGCAAUUAAUCUAGAUGAACUUGCUGAUCAACCAGAUGAGGAGAAAACUAACCGGUUUCUAACCCAUUUUCUAGAUAUAAACUGUGGCGGUGUAUACGAAGACGGAACUGGUACAAUCAGCUCCCCAGGCUUCCCUAAUGGUUAUGUAGAUAACCUCGACUGUACGUGGCUUAUAUACCGCACGAAGGAAACUGCUGAAUUUAUUUUCGUGGAUUUCGCGACGGAAUCUAAUUAUGACAUUGCGAUUAUUACCUCUGGAAGGUGAGUACUAACAAGUUACGAAACAACAUCAGCAACGUGUCAUUGUUUGUUUGGAUUUAACCUUUAUUUAAAAAAGUUUGACAUCUUUUCUCUAUGUAAUCAUCUUCGCCGAAAGUGCAAACACAGUAGGGACCUUUCAAGAUCGGAGGACGUCGACGACGAAGGCGACGGCGGCGAAAACGUCGCUUAAAAAGUGAAAUCGCGUUCUUUAAAUCUUUAUCGUGAUUAUUGAAACCCAGUUACUUUGUCAAGUAUCGGCAAACUCUCCUGGGUUUGAUCCAAGUUCAGAAAGAGAAAGAAAAUUUUGUCGUGGCUUGUUUACGUCCUCCAUAAAACAAGGUGAAAAUAGACAAAUUCAUGUCGUAGUCAUGAGGUGCAGCAAAUGAAUGUACAGAAAAAUGUGAAGCACGUAUGAAGGUGUUGUUUUGGUAUUCUAAACUUAUUGCUUUUAUAGCGCUUUCGUUGCUGUCGCCAAGGUGGACAUUGAGGUCCCCAGUACUAUUGGAAUUCCAGCGGAAAUAGUAAAACACAACAGAUUCCAGAAAACAUCGAGUAUUCAUACAAGUGGACAUAUUAAAAGUCUAUGAUUUCGUUUGAAUUUUUCGCACGUUAGAUGUAAAUUUGUACGCUCCUAAACGAUGCCAGUUGAAUAGUGGGCAAGCAUAGGAAAAAAAAUAGUUGGUAGUGAUUACGUACCAACUUGUUAACCAAGUUGACUGUGGACAGACUGCAAUCCUCAUGGGCUGAUAAAGGACUGUGCCACAAAUGGUGCUUAAAGAUUUGUUGCUUGUAUUAUUAAAACAUCCUCAAAAUUGUCGCUAAUAUUGCCGUUUAAAAAUUGGCUUUUUUGGAUCGUCAUCUAUAAAACUUAACCUGUCGCGCAUUAUCUUUCCACGUUCUCGGGCGAGUCGAUUAAACGUAGAUACAUCAAAGAUAAGUCAUUCCUAAGGGAGCUGUGUCACCAAAUUUAUUGACAUUCAGACAGUGGUAGAUGCCACCAAAUUCGGUGAAACAUCAAAGUUACCGCUAAAAGAGUUAGAAGAAAGCAUAAAUGACCCAGAAAAUACAAACUAAAGCACGGAUGGACAAACUAGAAGAAGAUUGAAACGGACUGCAAAACGAUUUGCAUUGUCAAUGCAAUGUGAGGAAAACACCGCGCGCGAUUUAAAUUCAACAGCGAUUUGACAAACGUAGCGUCGAAACAUGUCUGGUAAAUCGAAGAAAGUUGUCUUGUCUUUGCGGUUACCUAUAUUGUUGCAGCUUUCUAUAACUUUUGCAUUGCAAUUGUGCCUUUUAAAAACCUGUUAGCCUAACAUUUUCUCAAUUUUCAUCAUUGUUUUUAACGAUUGAUAUUAAAUAAUUGCAAGACAUAUGUUGUUUUCCACAGACCUGUGAUUUUGCCAUUCACAGAUUGUUUCUUAAUUUUCUUUUUUUUUUUUUAGCGAACAAGGACGCGUAAUUAGCAGUGCAAACAAAAUGAGCUGGACAGCCUUGGCAUAGUCCUUUAAUGUUGUCACCUUGUGCUUCAUGCUUAGUAAUUGUUUCAGUUUUCUGUGCAUAUUAUAUAUACGUAUAUUUUGUUUUAAUUUCUAGAUUUGGUGAAAAAGUCUUAACAAACGGAUGGGGAGGCCACGUAGUACCAUCCGGCUCAUUCACAUCGGACACAUAUCUUUGGAUUCGAUUCACAACGAACGUGGGGAAUGCGGAUGCUCGUUUCCACAAAGGAUGGACCGGAAUCUAUCAGAAAUACUGGCCUUACGUCAAUGGAAAAAAGAAGAGAAAGUAACAAGGAACGUUUGGCAAAUAAAAUAUGUUCAGUAGGCAAAUCGUGUGGUUUUGCACAAUUUUUACCGUGUAGAUUAAAAGUGUAUUAAAAAAAGAAAUAUGUCACCAUGGAAGCAGACAAAAAUAAAACUUAUGAGUCUU